AUGCUUAGUGUGACAGAUCCUACAGCUCGAAGUAACACAAAAUUAUCAGCAAUGAAUGGUGAAUGGAAAUCAUUUAAUCGGCUCACAGCUCGAGCAUCAAUGGCACAAGAGCGAAUAUAUUUGGAUGAACACAUUCGAUUCAUAAGUUAUGAUAAUGACAAAUCAGGUGAACAGCACAAUAUUUUGGCCAUUUAUAAUGUGCCAAUGUGUUUUAAACUAAUCAUGAAUCAACAAACGAUAUCAAUUCGGCAUUUAAAACUGGCAUUAUUAUGUCUCAUUCGAAAACAUACAAUACUGCGCACAUCGUUGAAUUAUGACACAGCAAAAGAUUGUUUAAUGCAAACGAUAAAACAAAUGCCAAAUGACGACGACGAUCACUAUUAUUCGUUUCAGUUAACUAAAAUAUCAUCGGAAGAUGAAUUAGAACAAAUUC